AUGGCCUACCUCCACGCCAGGAAUGUGGUGCACGCCGAUCUCAAGUGCCAGAACGUGCUGCUGACCAGCGCGCCCUGGGCCCCCUGGGGCGUCAGCGCCAAGAUCUCAGACUUUGGCCUGUCCAAGGCCCUGGGCCUGAACCAGACCCACGUGACCACCCACAGCAUGGGCACGGUCACGCACAUGCCCCCAGAGCUCUUCAAGACCGGCCGCAUGAGCCCCGCCGGCGACGUGUACGCCUUUGGUGUCCUGGCCUGGGAAGUCCUGACGGGCCGCGGUGCGUUCCACGGCCUGCACUAUGCGGAGGUGAUUGAGCAGGUGGCGCUGCGCGGGGCGCGGCCCCCCAUCCCCCCCGGCCUGCCCCCAGAGCUGUCCGCCCUCAUGCAGAGCUGCUGGCAGGCAGACCCUGCCAAGAGGCCGGGCUUCGACGCGCUGGUGUCCUGCUUCGAGCUGCUGAUACGAGGCUGCGGCCUGGACCCCACGCCCGCCGGCGGCGACGCGGACGGCAGCAGCAGCGGCGUUGGCAGCUUGAGCCGGGGCCUCGGGCGGGGCCGCCGGCGCAGCAGCGACGGCCGCAGCAGCGCCGGCGGCGCGGGCGCCCACAGCGGGUCAACGUCUGUGUUCGGUGGCGAGUCGGCGCGCGAGGGCAGCGGCGCGCACGCGUCGGCGGAGGGACAGGCGCCCGCGGCGUCCCUUGGGCACGUGUCUGGGUCGACAGACGGCCAGCCUGCGGCGCGGCAGCACCGCCGCAGCCCUUCCGAUCCGUCUGGCGGCCUGGGGCGCUCUCCUGUGCAUCAGCACCAGCAGCACAAGCCAGCAGCAGCCGCGCUGCUACCGCCGCCGCCGCCGCGGCUAGGGAACCCCGCGAUGCAGCUGCAGGUGCAUCGGCUAAUCGGCGGCGGCACAGCCGCGCGCUCGCCGCCGCGUCGGGCGCCGCAAGUCCCGGCGCUCGACGUGGCCGGCGGGCCGCCAGCGGCGGCGGCGGUGAGGGCGGCGCCGGCGCCUGCAGGAGCGCAGUCGGGGCCCCCGGGGGCUGCUGCGAACCCUCAGAGGGAGCUGCUAGAGCAGAACGCUUUCAUUCAGGACCUUUGA